CUCACACGCGGCCAGCGGCAUUUUCACAGCAGGGCUGACUGCUCGUGCGCGCGCAUCUCGGAGAUAUGUUCAUGAACAGCACGAUCCCAGUCAAUUUCCCCUGGAAUAUCUGAGUGCAUUCCUAGUGAAUUAAAGGUCAUGGGGAAUUCAUAUACAGGACACCUUCAGAGCACACGGUUUGAGGAGGUGCUGCACAACUCCAUCGAGGCAUCACUGCGCUCCAACACAGUGGUGCCCAGACCUGUGUUCACUCAGCUGUACCUGGAAGCAGAGCAAAGGCCUUACUCUCAUGAUGGUCGAGGAGAUGAGGAUGAUGAUGAAGAGGAUGGCUCCGAUUCAAACAGCCCUCCGAUCCAAUAUCAGAUGAUGUCUCCGCCAGAGGGAUCCUGUACUACAGAUGGGUUCUGUCAGGCAGGCAAAGACCUUCGGCUCUCAUCCAUGGCCACCGAGUCUUUGGAAGUCCCUCCUGGGUUUCUGCUCGUCGGAGCGAAAUCUCCCAGCAUGCCUGAUCAUAUUCUGGUGUGUGCGGUCGACCAGCGCUUUCUCCCUGAUGAAUGUGGACGUAACGCACUUUUAGGUUUCUCAGGGAACUGCAUGGGCUGCGGAGAGAAGGGCUUCCGCUACUUCACUGAGUUUGCCAAUCACAUCAACCUGAAGCUCACCACACAGCCUAAGAAGCAGAAGCACUUAAAGUACCACCUGCUCAGAAAUGCACAGGGCAUUCUAGUCAAGGGACCACCAAUCUGCUGGAAAGGAAUAGACAGCCGAAUGAGACAUGCAGUCUGCAAUGCAGCUGCUGGACCAGAGGAACAAUCCGGACAUGGGCCCACUGACCUGCUUCCCAGUUCAGGACACACGGCCUUAAACACAAUUAACCAUUCAGAUCUAAACACCCAUCUCCAUAUAUCUGAGGGUUCCCCUCCCUUAACCAAUGGCAGUCAUGUUCCUGGACCCCAGCAGCCUCCAGCACAGCCUGGAAUAGUGGCCAAUGGUCCUGGAAAGCCCACAGUAAUAGGCUCUAUGGCGAAUUCUGGGCCUCCUAAAAAGAGGCACAAGGGAUGGUCCCCGGAAUCCUCUGCUACCACAGAAGUCACCCCCAGACCUGCACCCAACAGCACAACCAAUGGCACUAAAUCAGCGGAUAGUGGGGCAUCUGGGUGUUUGUCGAUUGGGUCCUCGCCACCCCUUGCUCCUGGGGAGUCUGUCACAGUGCCUGAUCACCUGCUCUAUACUUGUGGAUUACGACCGGUCAUUUUUAAAGGACACGGGACACUGCCACAUUUGUGUGGGAACCUCGGGGAUGUGCUGGUGAGUGGCCUGCUGCAGAAAUGCUAUCGCAAUUCCCAGAACCUCCCACGAGUCUACGAGCAGUACGGCACCGCUCCCAUUCAGCCCAUCUCCACUGAGAUGCUCAUCCUGCUGACUGUCUACUAUCUAGUGCAGCUCGCACCUGACCAGGCUCCUCUGAUGGAAGACUUGGAGCAGAUCUUCAUGCGUUCCUGGCGCGAGUCCCACCUGACGGAGAUCCGGCAGUAUCAGCAGACGCAUGCACAGUUUCCACCUCCUCUCCCCUGCCUCGCACAGCCCCUCACUCCCUCUCAGCUCCCAUGGCUGGCCAAACUGGCCACCAGCUCAUGCGGGGAAGGAGUUCUGGUGCUGGACACGGCGCCCUCUCUAGCUGAAGCGCUGGAGGACACCUUCCACAGACUAGUAGAAGGCAGACUGAACAAGACCAAUUAUGUGGUGAUCAUCUGCAUGAACAGGAGCCAGGAAAUAGAGUCAUGUGUGGUGGUGACCGGGAAGCACCAGACUCGUGCUUUAGCUGAGAGUCUCCUCUCUCCCAGUGAUUGUGUGAGAGAGAUCGUCCAUGAACUGUCUUCUGGGAUGGCAGCAGAGUUAGGAUCCUAUUUCAGUUCCCUGGGUCCAGAUGGAGAUGUGGAGGCCUUGCUGGAGCAAGCCAGUCCUGAGAACAAUGCCCAGUAUUCUAGCAUAGAACCAUCAGGAGACAGUCCUAAAGCCAAGUGUGCGGGUGAGACUGACUUGUGCUUGGAAGUAUCCAAGUAUGAAGUUCAUGAGAUGUAUACAUUGAGCAUAAGGUGUGUUGACACUUCAUAUUUCUCAAUAGAAUACUAUGUAGAGUGGCACGAGAUCCGGCCCAUACAGCUUGCCGUGGCUCGGAAGCUGCUCUCGCAUGUUUGUGCCAUCGCUGAUUCCAGCACACAGAACCUGGACCUCGGUUCCUUCGACAAGGUUGAGUUCUUAAUCUGCGUUCCGCCUUCAGAGGUCACUUUUCAUCAAGUCGUCCUUCACCUGUGGAACUCAGGGGUGUUACGGGAGUUAGGACUGGACCAAGACUGCCUGUCGGUGAAGGAGGCUGAGCAGUACGUGGUAAAACUGAACCAGAGCGCAGUGGGAAAAAUCAACAGCCUCAUUCAGAAAUCUAAGAUGAACCCCUACACGCUCUUCAUACUCGUGCACGAUCACGCACACUGGGACAUCAGCAGUGGGCAGUGCAGUGGAGGAGACUCCAGUCUAGGACUAGUGGACGGUCUGUUGAACUGCAGGCAGAUUCGAGAAGCUCCCAACAUCCUGACGCUCCACGUGACUUCAUUCCCCUUCACCUUGCAGACUCAGUACACACGAAUCAGCCCUUACAAUGAAAUCCACUGGCCUUCUGGAUUCAACAAUGAUGUGGAUCUUUAUCACGAGAAGACAAAGUACUUUGGUGUGUCCGAGCUGCUGGAGACGACCCGCUCUGGAAGUGGCCUUCCUCUGCUACGAUAUGACAGUUCAUUUGAGAGCAUGGCUGCUGCUCUGGAAGAGAGGUUCCCGAAACUACACAGUGCAGUGAUUCGCACCCAUGUGCUGAUCCAGCAUUACUCUCUGGCCCUGAUGGCAACAGCGGGCGGCCAGGCUUUACAGGCUCUGCAGAAGCACAUCUCAGUGGAGACGCUGGAGAUGGUGCAGUGCCUUCUCAACACAUCCCAGCGGUGUCCCAGCCAUCACGGUCACAUGCUGCUCCUGAGGAUCCCCUCCCCAGCUCUCGCUGCCUUCGCUCACCAGCGCCUCUGCCAUGUCCGCAACAGACUCGGCCUUCACAAGCAGUUUGAGGUCAUCCUGGGGGAUCCAUGCUCUGCUCUCACUGUAGGAAAACACUUCUUGGACCAGCUGAGGGUAUGGCUGAAAAUCUUGGACCCAGACUGGGCUCCUCUGACAUAUCUAGAGCUGGAGGCUUUACCUUGUAUCCUCAUCUUAACCGGCAUGGAUCCUCUUGGAGAGUCUUUACCCAGGUCUCUGAAGUACUGUGACCUGCGUGUUAUCAGCUGCUGGUCUCUGCAGCGCACCACUCUCGAGCAGGAGCUGGGGUUGGCCGCGUACCUGCUGAAGACCAAACAAGAUGCCCAGCUCGGGCCGCACGCACGCUGUGACCUGUCUGAGAGUGACCCGGAAAAACUCAGCAGCACUGACAACGAGGAUGAGGAGGUUGUAGUGGAUGUAAACAACGAUCUCCCUAAACUGGGUAACCAGGCCUCCCCAGCUGGCUCUCAGCACCCUCAGUCUGACUGGACUCCUUUGGAUCCAGACAAGCAGCCCAACCAGAGGCGGCAGUCCAAGUCCACCUCAUCCGGCUCUUCGUCCACACAGGCCUCUCCUCUACGGCGGAGCUGCUCCUGGGCGCGCAAUCUCAGCCGCCCUCCAGUGGUGCUGCUGCCUAAAGCCAUCUACGACCUCAUCACCACAGUGGAUUCCAGUGGCCUGCCCAAGUCCACUUCCUUCCUCCCUCACUCUGCGGUAGAGUGGGUCAGCUCCUUUAGACCCCUCCUCAGCAAAAUGAUGACCUGCACCGAGCAGUCGCUUUACUAUCGCCAGUGGACGGUCCCCAAACCCCACCACAUGGACAGCAGCAACCGAGCUGAAGGCCGCACCGAUAACUUCCACCCACGAAAGCUGCUGCUAAGUGGGCCACCUCAGGUGGGGAAGACUGGGGCAUAUCUGCAGUUUCUGGGUAUUCUCUCUCGCAUGCUGAUCAGGCUGAUGGAGGUGGACAUCUACGAUGAGGAGGACAUCAACUGCAACUGCGAGAAAGAUUUGGUGCGUUAUCAUCAGCCCAUUGCAUUGUGGCCCAAUACAGACACUUUACAAGGGAUGCCCUUUGAUUACACCAUCCAUGAUCCUAAAUACGAGGACAUCAGCACUGUCUACUCACCAGACUUCACUCCAAAUUCAAAUGAUGGAAACUCCAGAAGGCAUGAAGAUGUGUAUCUACACAGGCGAACGGCACGGAUAAAACUCUCUAAAUAUGCAGCUUACAACACAUACCAUCAUUGUGAGCAGUGUCACCAGUAUAUGGGUUUCAAUCCGCAGUAUCAGUCCACCCUGCAUGCCUUUACCUUCUCUCACCUUCUACUGGGAGAGGAAAUCCAGCUCUACUUCAUCAUUCCCAAAUCCAAGGAGCAUCACUUCUCCUUCAGCCAAUCAGGAGGCCAGUUGGAGAGUAUGAGACUGCCCCUCACUUCCGAUUGGAAUCCUGAUGCCAUCAAAAGCCCAAUAUUCACGCCCACCACUGGUCGCCAUGAGCACGGCUUGUUUAAUCUGUAUCAUGCCAUGGAAGGAGCCGCUCACCUGCACAUUCUAGUGAUUAAAGAGUACGAGAUGGCCGUCUACAAGAAAUACUGGCCCAACCAUAUAAUGCUUGUCCUACCCACUAUCUUCAAUGGAGCUGGAAUAGGAGCAGCUCAUUUUCUGAUUAAAGAGCUGUCUUAUCAUAACCUGGAGUUAGAGCGGAGCCGGAGAGUGGAGCAUGGCAGUCGGCCACAAGACGUCUGGCCCUUCAUCAUCCUCGCAGAUGAUUCUUGUGUAAUGUGGAACAGUGUUGACGUUGAUCCAAAAAGCGGUACCGCAGGGACAGAAAGAAAUGUGUCCUUGAAACAGGUUCUUCAGCACAUGGAGUCUUCUCCAGAUAUUGCUCAAUAUGGCUUAUGCGGGAUGAGGAAGUGGUC